AUGUUCGCCGUCGCGCGCCACAUCCCACCGGUGCGCACUGUUUCGUCUCGCCAAACUCGCGCCGACGCCACCGGAUCCCGUCGUGUCCGAUCCGACGCCCACGGGAACGCCACGUGUGCGCUGAGCCGGGCGGGUGACGAUGAGGGCCGCGUCGUCGGCGCCGGGGCCAGGGCGGCGUCCGCGCUCCUUUCUGCCGCGUUCGCCGCCAACAGCGUGUUACAGCCCGGCAUCGCGUUCGCGUUCGGCUCGGAGAUUGCGCUCAGCGACGUCAAGUACGAACCAACGGAGUGCCCCGCGAACCAGUACAUGCCCAACAAGAAGAACACCGUGUGCCUCAAGUUCACAGCCACGGCGGAUAACAGCCAGAGGCGGAACGUGGAGGCGGCGAACAUCUUCGGGUUCAUCGACGAUCAGCAGAACAACAGCGCCGCGACGGUGAAUCCGACGGGAGGAAGCAGGACGGUGCUCUCGGGGCUCGACGCGCCCAUCCCGGCGGGUAGGUCCCAGGUAUCCUUCAUAGUCACGGUGUUUAAAGAUUCGCUGGACCUGGGUCCCUUAAAACUGCGGGGUUUCAAGGCGGAGCCGAGCCUGAGCGACGUGGAGAAGAGGUUCAAGCCCUUCGACGAGUGCGAGAUGGACCCGGAGACGCCAGGGUGCGCGGGGUCGUUCUGAGGGUUCGGCGCGACGUGCGAAACCGCUUGGUCGUCCAUUUAUAAAAUAUCGCAAUGUUCACUGUU